AUGAACGACCCGAUGGUCGUCAAGCUAGACAUUGCAAAUUUCACUGUUCAUAAAGUGAUGAUCGAUAGUGGGAGCUCGGCCGAUAUCAUAUUCAAGAAUGUCGUCGACAAGAUGGGGUUAGAAAAUGCCCGCCUCGAGCCGGUAAAGACUCCUUUGGUAGGAUUCGGUGGAAGCGAAAUGGCAUCGGUAGGCAUGAUCAAGCUGCCAGUAUCCAUGGGUGAAGAGCCUAAGCGAAAAACUUUGAUGGUGAAAUUUUUGGUGGUGGAUACCCCGUUCGCGUAUAAUGUGACUUUGGGCAGACCAGGCUUAAAUUUGUUCAGAGCAGUCAUCUCCACCUAUCACAUGAAGAUGAAAUUCCCUGCAGAAAACGGGAUAGGAGAAGUAGCUAGCGACCACAAGAAAGCUCGACCAUACGAAGUUGAGCACAUGAAACCCAGUGACGAUUACAAGACUAUGGAGCUCGUACCAAGUGAACAAGGAAAGACCACCAGGAUAGGAGCGAACAUGGAGGAUGUGGAGAUGGCCAUGAUCGAAUUUUUGAGGAAAAACGUGGACAGGUUUGCAUGGAGCCCAUCAGAUUUUACGGGUAUCAACCCAGAAGUGAUUGUGCAUAGAUUGAACGUGGAUCCUGUAGCCCGACCGGUGCAGCAGAAGAAGAGGUCGUUUGGGAACGACAAAAACGAGAUCAUCAGGCAGGAAGUGGAUAAGUUACUCAAAGUCGGGAACGUGUCUGAAGUUCAAUACACUGAUUGA